AUGCCCGACGUAUUCUCCGUGCCCGUCUUCUUGAUCGUCUUCCGAGAGACUUUGGAGACGGUCAUCAUCGUGUCUGUUCUCUUGGCCUUUCUCAAGCAAACUCUCGACGGGCCAGAUCGAGAUGUCCAAGUGUACAAGAAACUAGUGAAGCAGGUAUGGCUGGGCGUUGGCCUGGGCCUUCUUAUCUGCUUCGUUGUCGCCGGAGGCUUGAUAGGCGCUUUCUAUACCCUGGGGUCGAAUACCUGGGAGGCAAACGAGUACUACUACGAAGGCGCAUUCGCCUUGGUCGCGUCCAUCAUCAUUACAAUAAUGGGCGCAGCCCUGCUUCGGGUCGGUAAGAUGCAGGAAAAGUGGCGUGUCAAGCUGGCGAAAGCUCUGGAAGCACCAGUAAAGACGAGCGGCCCGAGCAGCGGUUGGUUCAAACGCUUCGCAGAGAAGUACGCCAUGUUCGCUUUGCCGUUCAUCACCGUGCUUCGUGAAGGCAUCGAGGCGAUCGUCUUUGUUGCAGGCGUGACAUUUUCAGCUUCUGCUACAGCUAUUCCUCUCCCUGUUGUCGUCGGUCUGAUAGUAGGCGUUCUGGUUGGAUACAUUCUCUACAAAGGAGGAUCUUCAGCGAAGUUGCAGUAUUUCCUGGUCGCAUCUACCUGUCUCCUCUACCUUGUCGCAGCGGGCUUGUUUUCGAGGGCGGUAUGGUAUCUGGAGACACAACAGUGGAACAAUGUAGUGGGUGGUGAUGCCGCAGAGCUGGGCGACGGAGCUGGGUCGUAUGACAUUGAUAAGAGUGUCUGGCACGUGAACUGCUGUAACCCGGAAUCCAAUGAUGGGAGUGGCUGGGGCAUCUUCAAUGCCAUUCUUGGCUGGACGAACUCGGCGACUUAUGGCUCAGUCAUCGCGUACAACGUCUACUGGAUUUUUGUCAUGGCCGGCUUUUUCGUAAUGAGAUUCCGUGAGGUCAAGGGGCAUUGGCCCUUCAUGAAGGCCAAGUCAUCGUCGACAAAGAGUCCUCAUGCAGCUGAAGACAGCGGGAACGAGGCUGUCCACGGAACCACUGGGUCAGAGAAGGUGGCCUCGUCGUAG